AUGUGUGCUCCUGUUGAAGCCCGGAGCUCGUUCGAAGCCCGGGACACUAAACCACUACGCCAACUGCUUCAGUUCAGCUUCCAAGAGCUGAAGGCGGCCACUGGAAAUUUCAGGCCUGACAGCAUACUCGGGGAGGGUGGUUUUGGAUAUGUUUUCAAAGGAUGGGUCGAGGAGAAUAGAACAACGCCGGCUAAGCCUGGCUUGGGAAUCACGGUUGCCGUCAAGAGUUUGAAGCCUGAUGGGUUUCAAGGCCAUAGAGAAUGGGUGGCAGAGGUGGAUCUUCUUGGACAGCUUCAUCAUCCGAAUCUGGUUAGGCUGAUCGGAUAUUGCAUUGAAGAUGAUCAGAGAUUACUCGUUUAUGAGUUCAUGACACGAGGCAGUCUUGAGAAUCAUCUAUUCAGGAGGACAAUACCUCUAGCGUGGUCCAACAGAGUGAAAAUUGCAGUCGGGGCAGCCAAGGGCUUGGCUUUCCUUCACGGAGGGCCCGAACCAGUCAUUUACCGAGACUUCAAGACUUCAAAUAUUUUGCUUGAUUCGGAGUAUAACGCAAAACUUUCGGAUUUCGGUCUGGCGAAGGCGGGCCCACAAGGAGACAAAACGCACGUUUCUACUCGAGUUUUGGGAACAUACGGCUACGCUGCUCCUGAAUAUGUAAUGACAGGACACUUGAGUUCGAAGAGCGAUGUCUACAGCUUUGGGGUUGUGCUCUUGGAGAUUCUAACGGGGAGAAGGUCGAUGGACAAGAAAAGGGCUCACAGGGAACAAAAUCUGGUGACGUGGGCCCGGCCGUACUUAUCCGACAAGCGCAAGGUUUAUCAGCUGGUGGACCCUCGCCUGGAGCUCCAUUACUCCAUCAAAGGGGUGCAGAAGAUAUCUCAGUUGGCCCUCAGUUGCCUUAGUCGGGAUACUAAUUCCCGGCCCUCGAUGGAUGAGGUCGUGAAAGUUCUCGUGCCCCUGCAAGACCUCAAUGACCUCGCCAUACUUUCUUGCCAUGCUCGCUUUUCUCAGCCCAAGAACAAAAUGCAUCAUUGUAGAUAA